CAGCGCCCACGUAAACCCUUUAAAUGUUGUGGUUCAUCGGCUUUAGUCCAGGCAAUAACUUCUCACAGAUUUCUAUUUCCAGGACACCUUUGCUGGGUACGGACUGAAAUAGAUAAAUAUGCUGCCUUCCUUGUCAGUGGAGACGUGGAGUCUCUUAGUUUUGCUUCUUACGCUCUUGAUAAUAUAUGGGACCUGGCCUUAUGGAUAUUUCAAAAAUCUGGGCAUUCCGGGACCUCGACCUUGGCCAUUCCUGGGGUCAUUUGGAACAAUAAUAAUUAAAGGUUUUCACAACUUUGACAUACAGUGUCACCAAAAAUAUGGAAAAAUGUGGGGGAUCUUUGAGGGCAGAUCACCGGUGCUGAUGGUAGCAGACCCUGGGAUCAUAAAAGCAGUUAUGGUCAAGGAGUUUUACACUACUUUCACCAACAGAAGGAAAGAUAUUCUUUCUGGGCCCUUGUCUGAUGCACUUACCGCUGUCGAGGAUGAGAGGUGGAAGAGAAUCCGGAAUAGCCUCUCUCCAACAUUCACAAGUGGACGAAUGAAAGAGGUAUUUCCUAUAGUUGGAGAUUAUGCAGAACGUUUAAUAGAGCACUUGAAAAAACAAAACUUAAAGGAACCAAUUAAUAUGAAAGACAUGUUUGGUUUGUACAAUAUGGAUGUUCUGAUCAGUACUUCAUUCAGUGUGGAGACUGAUUCCAUCAACAACCCAAAGGAUCCUUUUGUUGCCAAAGUAAAGAAACUUAUGAAUUUCAGCCUGUUCAAUCCAAUUCUUCUCAUUGCUAUUAUGUUUCCUUCCAUGGUCCCUCUGAUGGACAAAAUGGGUAUCAGUUUUCUUUCAACAUCUAUAAUGGACUAUUGUUACCAAACACUUCAAAAGAUUAAGGAGCAGCACCUAGAGGGUGAUAAUGGGAGAGUGGACUUCCUGCGACUCAUGAUACGUUCCCAAAUCUCAAAUGAGGAAGCUGAGAAAAUCAGUGAAGAUCAACCUGUUAAAGGACUAACAGAUCAUGAAAUCCUCUCCCAGUCAUUCCUCUUCAUUGUGGCUGGAUAUGACACAACUGGCUCCACUCUCAGUUUUCUUGCCUACAAUAUUGCAACGAAUCCAGAAGCUCAAAGCAAGCUCACAGAGGAGAUUGAUUCAGUGUUUCCAAACAAUGCCCCGGUCACCUAUGACAAGCUGAUGCACCUGGAGUAUCUGGAUAUGGUCAUCUGGGAGUCCAUGCGAGUGUGGCCGCCUGCUCCACGUCUAGAGAGGAUGUGCAAACAGACAGUGGUGAUAAAUGGAGUCACGAUCCCCAAAGGCACUCUUGUUGGCAUUCCUGUGUACGCUUUGCACCGCGACCCAGAGCUGUGGGAUUCCCCUGAGGCUUUCAAACCAGAAAGGUUCAGCAAAGAGAAUAAGGAGAGUAUUGAUCCAUACACUUACCUGCCCUUUGGAGUUGGACCCCGCAAUUGCAUUGGGAUGAGAUUUGCUCUUUUGAUGGUGAAAUUGAUUAUGGUACGGCUGCUCCAAAACUUCAACCUGGAGACAUGCAAAGAGACUCCGAUACCCAUGGAACUUGAUGCCCUACUUAGGCCAAAAAAGCCCAUAAUGCUCAAGCUUGCACCGCGAUGUCACUAUGGUACUGAAGAAUGAGCACAAUAUCAUUAUUAACACAAUAUCAUCUUCCAUAGCUUGUUUUUGGCUAUAAUCUGUUUCUGUACUACCAAGCUUGUACCGCGAUUUCACAUUAGUACUGAAGAAUGAACACAAUAUCAUUAGUAUCACAAUAUCAUCUUCCAUAGCUGUUUUUGGACUAUAAUCUGUUUCUGUACUACCUUGUUGUUGUGUUAUAAUCCUGGUGGGAUUUCUGUAUUGUGAUGUUUAACUCUACAUAAAAGCUUUUUAUUUGUG